AUGGGCAGCGUUGCUACAUCUCACGACAUCCCCAGCUACAAGCUCAAUGACGGCACUCAAAUCCCGGUGCUUGCGUUCGGUUUGGGUACAGCUCAGUACAAGAAAGACUCUCAAAGUGGAUUGGAUCAACACGUAGUCGAUAUUACUACAAAGGCCAUUAAGACCGGAUACCGCCAUCUCGAUGGUGCCGAGGUCUACGGCAACGAAGAAGAGCUCGGACAGGCCAUCAAGGCCGGUGGUGUUCCUCGUGAACAGCUUUAUGUCACCACCAAGAUCCCUGCUGAGAAGCAGGGUUCUGCUAUUGAUUCCUUCAACGUUUCCCUUGAGAAGCUUGGCCUUGACUACGUCGAUCUCUACCUGAUCCAUGGCCCCUGGUUUGCUGAGACCGACGAGGACCUUCAGCAGCGCUGGUCUGAGCUGGAACAGAUCAAGGAGUCUGGAAAGGCCAAGUCCAUUGGAGUUUCCAACUUCUUGCAGGUGCACCUUGAGGCCAUUCUCAAGACAGCCAAGGUCAAGCCUGCUAUCAACCAGAUUGAGUACCACCCGUACCUUCAGCAUGGCGAUCUUCUUGAUUUUCACAAGAAGCACAACAUUGCCGUGUCUGCGUACUCCCCACUUACUCCCGUUGUCACAGCCAAGGGUGGUCCUGUUGACCCUCUCUACACAAAAUUGGCUGAGAAGUACGGCGUGACAGAGUCCGAGGUCGGUCUUCGAUGGGUUAUUGACCAGGACAUCAUUGCUCUCACUACAAGCAACAAGGUUGAGAGACUUGAGGGCUACUUGUCGAAACUUCCCAAGUUUAAGCUGACACAGGAUGAGAUUGCCGAGAUCUCUAAGCUUGGUGCCAAGAAGCACUUCCGAGGAUUCUGGAAGAACAAGUUUGAUGAGAACGAUAGAUCGUAA